AGACCAGGUUCACCAAACAAAUGGGGAAAUUAUUUUCAUGCAAUCAGAAAGUCCAUACAACUUCUUUUUGUUUCCUUGACACUUGCACUUCCUCAACAAGUGCAAGCUUGUGGCGGCCUCUACACUUCACUCACUGAUUCCUUCUCGUCUCCAUUGUACCCGAGCCAAUACCCGCCUGACCAGGAGUGUAUUUACAUAAUCAAUGCAACGGAUGGCUAUCGUAUAACCUUGACCUUUGUCCAGUUUCAACUCCAGGCUGGAACUUCCGACUGUAAUUACGACUUUCUGCAGAUUAGGGAUGGCAAUUCCGUGUCCUCACCAUCUAUGGGCACCUUCUGCAACACCACCGUCCCGGAAAGAAUCAGGUCAACGGCGAACACGAUGUGGAUCAUGUUCCGCUCGGAUUCCUCUGUGUCGGGAGCUGGCUUCAAAGCCGCCUACACUACAGCAAUCAUUCCGCAGAAGAACCUCCUUGUGACCAACACUGGACCAGACGUUAUCAUCCACAUCGACAUCGACACCAUCAGCAACUUUAACAUCCCUCUAGACGGACUGCAAAACCCGAUGGCUGUUGACUACGACCCACCAACAGGUCGCAUCUACUGGACGGACUCGGAGGAGAAGACCAUCCGCUCAGCCAACCUUGACGGCAGCGACAUUCGACUCGUUCGCAACUUAGAAGAAGGCGCUGUUCCAGAUGGCAUGUCUGUUGACUCGCUGUCGAGGCUGAUUUUCUACACUGAUGCAGGCUAUCAUGUUAUUGGCAUGAUUACAAUGUACAACAACAGACACCAGAUAGUCAUUGAUUCAAACCUUGACACGCCUAGAGACAUCGAGCUGGACAAACACAAUGGGGUGAUAUUCUGGAGCGACUGGGGCGCCACACCUAGAAUAGAGCGAGCCAACUACGACGGGUCUGGACGCAAGACUCUGGUCUCAGGAUCUGAGUAUCUGUACUCACCAAGUGCUCUGGCUCUGGACACAGUCGGUGGAAGACUGUACUGGACAGAUAUUCAAACGAGCACUAUAGGAUGGGUGGAUGUGGACGGCAAAAACACUUCCGUGAUUCUUCAAAGCACAGGAUCCCGCUUUUUUGGCAUGGACAUCUACCUGAAUGACCUGUUUGUCACAGACUGGGGACUUCCAAGCAGUUUGGGGUCUGCAAAAACCUUCAUUCAUCGAAUUAGCACUGAUGGAAGCACUGACAUCAUUAUUGCGACAGCUGUGGGACGAUUGAACGACAUCCGUGUCUUCGCAGAGGAAACUGAGGAUAAAGGGCCCAACGGGUGUGGAAACAACAACGGUGGUUGUAGUUACAUCUGUGUACCUACUCCUGGCAACAGAAGUAGAUGUCUCACUGAAAGCGGAGAGUCCAUAUCUACUGAAACAAGUGAUCAAACUGCAGAAAGAAGUGACCGCACAAACACAGAGGAUAUCAGCACUAACUCAAUAGUCAUCAUUGUCGCCUGCGUUGUUGUCGUCGUCGUAGGAACUGCUGUCAUCGUCGCCAUCGUCAUUUUCUUGAGAACAAGAAUGCGUGAGAAGAAAUUCGAGAGCCCUGAGGUAUUCACGAGGAGAGAAAGCAACUUUACCAUCCCAGUGGGGUCACUACCAGGCGAUUAUUCCACUCUGGCAAUCAACUUGGCUUUUGACGAGGAAGAGCACAUCUACCAAGAUUUUCAGUCCGUUUAUGGAGGACACAACCUUGAUGACUUUGAUGACGCGGCACAGGACAAUGGCGAAUACCUUUACCCAGUCCGCAACUUAUCCAUAAUCCAGGACCAUGGCGAUUAUCUUCACCGAGGGCGCACCUCCUCAGAAAAUAUAGGAACUGCGGAACAAGACCAUGAUGACUACAUACGCGCCGUGCGCAACUCGUCCAGACGUACCCCGGCACAGGGUAAUAGCAACUACCUUUAUUCAGUGCGAAACUCAUCCGGAAGUGUGCUGGCUUUGGGCUUUACAAUCUAAUUAAUAGCAUUAGUAUUAAAUUUGUUAUUCUUUACUCCCCGUGUCACUUUACAAUGGAAUAUACAGAAUAAAAUACAUAAUUAUUGAUUAUUAUUAAUGUGAAUAUUGAGCUAUUCUGAUAAAGGAUAUUCUAUAAUAUUUUAAAAACUAUCACCUGAAGGGUGUCUGCAAAUAAUAAGAGCUGAUCACCAGUAGACAUAUGACAACUGAAGAGGAACUGUAGUAGUCAACAGCUACGUGUAUCGGUAAUUUAACAAUAUUAUUUGUUAGACUGUAAUGUUUAGCAAGAAACAAGUUUAAACAUAAAGCUGUUCAUAAAAGGAUGCUGUAAAUGUAAAUGCUUAAGCUAUUACACAAUUAAGAAACGCUGUCAACAGUGUUGAUAUUGAUAUUAUAAAUAAAUAUUUACUUGUGAAA